GUUUUCUCGCGCCGCCCUGGCGCCGAGCCCGGGGACAAGUGGCAGCUAUUCCACGGCCCUGAGGCGCUGGCUCACCCUCCCACAACCCCCCUCGACAACGCCUCCUCUCCGCAGCGCGCGGCGCGCGGGUCCUGACGCGGUCAGCCGGCCGGGGUCUCGCGCGCGCGCGUGUUGUCGGGAAACGGGCCUUCCCCGCGCCGCUGGCCCCUCCUGCAUCGGCUCGCCCCUCCUUCCAGAACUCCGGGGUCGCAGUCGGAGGGCCGGGCUGCGCCACGGCCGAGGCCGAGGCCGAAAAAAUGGGAAUCUCUCCGCGGUGUACCCGGAGCCGCUACUUUUUCGGGGGAAGCAGCUGUGUCUUCGAGGAAACCGGAAGCCCGUGGUGACCCCUGACGACCCGGUUUGUUUUCGGUCCUUUUCCAAACAAUUGGGGAAUCGAAACUCAGCGGCCCUGGGGGCGGCCCUACGUUGCCUGGGUUCAGGCUGUCAUGGAUGCACUGGUAGAAGAUGAUAUCUGCAUUCUGAAUCAUGAAAAAGCUCAUAGAAGAGAUACAGUGACUCCAGUUUCAAUAUAUUCAGGAGAUGAGUCUGUUGCUUCACAUUUUGCCCUUGUCACUGCUUAUGAAGACAUCAAAAAACGACUUAAUGAUUCAGAGAAAGAGAAUUCUUUCCUAAAGAAAAGAAUAAGGUUUUUGGAAGAAAAGCUUGUAGGAGCUCGAUUAGAUGAAGAAACAAGUUCUGUGGGACGAGAACAAGUAAAUAAGGCCUAUCAUGCAUAUCGAGAGGUUUGCAUUGAUAGAGAUAAUCUGAAGAGCAAAUUGGAUAAAAUGAAUAAGGACAACUCUGAAUCUUUGAAAAUAUUGAAUGAGCAGCUACAAUCUAAAGAAGUAGAACUCCUCCAGCUGAGAACAGAGGUGGAAACUCAGCAGGUGAUGAGGAAUUUAAAUCCACCUUCAUCAAACUGGGAGGUAGAAAAGUUGAGCUGUGACCUGAAGAUCCAUGGUUUGGAACAAGAGCUGGAACUGAUGAAAAAAGAAUGUAAUGAUCUCAAAAUAGAACUACAAAAAGCCAAACAAAUGGAUUCAUCUCAGGAGGACAGUCUGAAGAGUAGCAAUUUCCAAAGACUAAGCAUUUCAAGUGAUAAUAUGCAACAUGCAUACUGGGAACUGAAGAGAGAAAUGUCUAAUUUACAUCUGGUGACUCAAGUACAAGCUGAACUACUAAGAAAACUGAAAACCUCAACUGCAAUCAAAAAAGCUUGCACUCCAGUUGGAUGCACUGAAGACCUUGGGAAAGACUGCACAAAAUUGCACUUGACAAAUUUCACUGCACCAUACAAAAGACAUGGCCCACCUGCACCAAAUGGCAAACCUCUUUGUCAUACUAUAUCUUCCCCUUUAUCAGGGGAUAUAAAGGUUUUAUCAGAGAAAGCAAUUCUCCAAUCAUGGACAGAUAAUGAAAGAUUGAUUCCUAAUGAUGGUAUAGACUUUCAGGAACACAACUCUUAUGGCAGAAAUUCUCUGGAAGAUAAUUCUUGGGUAUUCCCAAGCCCUCCCAAAUCUAGUGAGACAGCAUUUGGGGAAAUUAAAAGUAAAACUUUGCCUUUACCCAACCUGCCGCCACUGCAUUACUUGGAUCAACAUAAUCAAAACUGUCUUUAUAAAAGUUAAUUCUGAAGAGAUUUGUGAUUUGAUCAUGAGGUCACUGUAUCUCUCAGUGGUUCUCCCAAGAAAUUAUUUAACAAACGGAAAGUGGAUUUUGAUUAAAAUUUUGCAUUUCUUCAGUAUGUACAUUUCAACAUAAGGUAUGAUAAGUAGUUGAUUUUCUAAUAUGAAAGAAGAGCACCCUUCAGCUCUAUAUUCUCAGAAUCAGAUAAUAUGCUAACUAUACUAAUGAAUAAAUUUAAGGGAUUUAUAAAGAUAAACCUGCCAUUUAUAACAAUUGUGAAAUUUACUAUAGGUAAAGAAUAGAAUUGGAGAUAUUUGGACAUGGUGUUAUAAAGUAUGUGAAAUGCCUAAAUAUCCAUUCAUAAAAAGAAAAGGAGGCCUUUAAUACAGGAGGAAAACCACGUACAUUGGUUCAGAUUGCAUAAAGGGGCAAAUGACAAUGUGAAUAGGUUAUAUUUGUUGACUUUAUGAUAUAUAAAAUUAUGAAAUAUAAUGGAAUAAAAGUAUCUAGGUUAUUACAUCUCUUGUGUUCCUGAGUUAAAGACUUAGUCAUUUUUUAGUCACAGUUUUUGUUGAUAAAAUAUUAAACUAGCAUUAGAAUUUCAAGACUUGAAAUAACUUGACCACUGAAGACAAGUUUGUACCAGCACAUUCAAGUCUUAAAUUGCAAAAAAAGGGGAUGAAAUAAUUAAAAACUAUGUGGUAUAGAAUAAACUAUUGUAACUUUAUACACCAGUUAGAAAGGACAUCUCAUAAAUAAAUAUCAGUCUAUUAUAUCCCUUCAGUGAUCCAUAAACAUGUAUAACUAUAUGACAUUUUCCUCAAAAGGAAUAUAGUUCCUUGUUAUAUAGACAGCUUAUAAACUCUUAAACUUCGUUUUGAAAUGUAGUACUUGAGAAAGUGAUUUUCUAAUUGAAUUAGCAAUUUUCAUUCUAGAACUAAAUUAUAUACUAUAUUGAUAAAGUACAAUCAUAAAAUGGCCCUAAACUCAUUCUAACUGGCUAAUGAUUUGUAAAUAAGAAAAUAACAGAGAUGGCUUCACAUGGAAAUUUACCUAAAUUCGUUGAGAAUAGAGGCAUUAGGAAUAUUAAUAGUAAUAGUAGUGACAAUAAUAUAUUACUUGGUUCAUGUAUCUUUUGCCUGAGAUAAAGUAUUUCAAGUAGGAAGACUUUGCCCUUCAUGCAAGUUUCAUAUAUCUUGAACUCAAAAGAAAUCUCAGAUCUCUUCUAUAUGACUGGAUAGCAUACCUAAGACAGUGUUCACUGUUCACAUAUUUUUGUCUUUCUAUUAUCUUACUCAUUUAUUCAAACUUGUCUGUGAUUAAUGGAAUUGAUGUCAGAUGCUGGAAUUUAUUCUGACCAGUGAACACAGCUGACUCAAGGGAGUAGAGUCUUCCUGCCAAGUAAUGGAACAAAACCCAAUAUGCAUAAAACAAAUGCAAGACUCCAGGCUUUAGCUCAAGGAAGCAACUACCUGUAUAAUAACAAAGCAGCAGAAGCUAUUUCUCAUGUGGCUGCAUAGGCCAUAUAUUAUCUCUAAUCUCUAAUGUAGCUUACUAGUUUGAUUUUUUUAAAAAACAAGAUUAGAAUUUUUCCUUUGUAAAGAAAAGUCUUAGGAGAAGGGCUUCAUUAAUGUUUUGAACAAUGCUAAAUUAAUUACAAUUAUUUUUGUUCAAAAUGGAAGUGAAUAUGAAAUACUGUCCUUGCCAAUAUACAGCAAAGUCUAGUAGUAAUUGUUAUUAAUUUCAUUCCUCUAACAGAAUUGUCUUAAUAAACCAAAUUACUUUGAAUUCCCUUUAAAUAUAAAUGACAGCUAUCAAACGGGUAUGCUAGAAAGUCAGUGAUUUUCUUAACAGUUUAAAGUAAAUGAUGUGAAAGACUUUUUUUGGUACCAGGGAUGGAACUCAGGACCUUGCGCUUGCCAGGCGGGCACAGCACCACUGAGCUAAUCCCUGGCCUGAAAGACUUUGAGGAAGAAAAUAUUAGCCAAAAAGUAUUUCUGUCCAGCCAGAAAUUUAAUAAUCUCUGUUCUCAUCAAAUUGAAGAAGAAAUGCAUGGCACAUCUAUAGCUUAUAAUCAAUUUAAAAUCUAAACUUUUAUAUUGACCUCUUUCAUAUUAGCCACAACUAAGUCCAAGAGCUUCCCUUGAAAUUCUUUAAUAUUUAUUUUCUUUUUAUAAGAUAAUCUAAUUCAUUUCUAUAACAAGUCAUAUUAAAAGAACAAACAAAGCCACCUGUGGCUUCCACACUUACUAGUUUGAGGUAAAAUUUGUAUCCCUAAAAGGAAGAUUUUCUUAUUGCCAAAAAGUCAAGUUCAUAUGUAGAGCAGGGACAUACCUAAAUAAAACAUUAGAAAACAAAAAUGGAAAAUUCAGACCUCAGAACUAAGUAACUGAAGCAUCUGACAACGAAGAAAUGAUUUCAUCCAGUAAAGCUACCUGGAAAGGGUAAAUCUUAAGGAGCAAAAAGAAAAAAGGCUUACAUAUUUGUAUAUUGUCACCUAGGAACAGGGAACAUAAAUACAAGCAAAGGCACUAAUAAGAUACAUGUGAGGCAGAUGUACUAGUCAUAUUAAGUAGACCUGAGUGUGUUGAGGCAUGAAUAUUCUAAAAGCUAUGAUGAUUUAGUUUUUGUCAUGAGAAAGGAUGAAUGUAUUAUACAAUAUGGUUUGUCUAUGCACCUGUGGGAAAUGCAACAUAUAUGUAAGUAAAUUUUACAAUGCAGGAUUGAAGUUGGCCACUUUAAUUAAAAGUAUUUGAAAGCACAGAUCAUAUAUUUCACUAGCUUCUUAACUGUUUUGCCAUUUCUUCAUUUGAGUAAUUAAAAGCAAGAAUGUGCUUUAGGUAAUGCACCAGUAACAAAAGGCCAAUGGAGAAAUAUGCCUCUGCCAUGUAGUGUCUUAGAUUUCUAUAUAAGCUUUUACAUUUGUUUGCUCUAGUAAUCUCCCUCCUUGUGAUCUGUGGCCUAGGAAAAUGUGGUUUCUGAGUAUUUCAAGUAAAAGUAAAUUAGCUCUUUUAUAAUUCAGUCAAGAGUAAAGUGUAGAACUUCAACACCCAUUGAUUCUUUAGGAUCCUAUUUCAUUUAAUUAAAUACCUUUUUAAAAAAUGUAUCAUAUCUAUGUAUUUCAUGGGAUUGGGGCCAAAGUUAAAUCUUGUCUUAGUGGGUAAUAAUUUCUAUUUGUGAUUUUAAUGAAGAUUAAAAAUAUACAUGAAAUUUACUUACAAACUAGUAUGGGUGGUUGCAGUGAACAGUUAACAGCUCAUGGGGGUAAAAAAAGAACAAUUUUUAAUGCAAAUAAAAGCUUGACCUGGGCCCAAA